UGCUCCCCCCGGCGACCGUCCUGCCCGGCAGCCGCUGCCGGAGGAUGCGUCUCGGCCACCGGUCCAGCCCCGCCGACCUCCUCUAGGGGCCCACUCCCGCCGCCCCUCUGCGCCCUGCCCCGCCGCGCCGCUCGGUGCGCUCCCUCAUCGCCGGUGCUGUCCCCCUGACGUCAUGUCGGGGGGUGGUGGGUCGCGCUAUGCGGCCGAGUUCGUGCCCCCGCCUGAGUGCCCUGUGUUUGAGCCCAGCUGGGAGGAGUUCAGCGACCCGCUCGGCUUCAUCGGCCGCAUCCGCGGCUUGGCCGAGAAAACGGGCAUCUGCAAGAUCCGGCCCCCCAAGGACUGGCAGCCUCCAUUUGCCUGUGAAGUACAGAGCUUUCGCUUCACUCCGCGAAUCCAGCGCCUGAAUGAACUGGAGGCAAUGACAAGAGUGAAGCUGGACUUCUUGGAUCAGUUAGCAAAAUUUUGGGAACUCCAAGGAUCCAAUUUAAAAAUCCCUGUGGUGGAGAGAAAAAUACUGGAUCUGUAUGGGCUGAGCAAGAUUGUUGCCAGCAAAGGAGGCUUUGAAGUAGUUACUAAGGAGAAGAAAUGGUCUAAAGUGGCGAGUCGACUUGGCUACCUGCCAGGAAAAGGCACGGGGUCGCUGCUCAAGUCUCACUAUGAACGAAUCCUCUACCCCUAUGAGCUCUUCCAGUCUGGGGUCAGCCUUAUGGGCAUCCAAAAGCCAAACUUGGACCUUAAGGAAAAAGUGGAGGUUGAGGAGCUCAGCUCAGAUGCCCAGGUGUCCCCAAAGCAGGCUUCAAGAAUGAACGUUGUGCUGAAGAGAACCAGGCGCGUCAAAUCCCAGGCGGAGGCUGGAGAAAUGAGUAGGAAUACUGAACUGAAGAAGCUGCAGAUCUUUGGAGCUGGACCCAAGAUGAUGGGGCUGGCGUUGGGAGCAAAGGAUAAAGAGGAUGAGGUGACGAGGAGGCGCAAGGGCAGCAGGUCGGAAGCGUUCGGGAUGCAGAUGAGGCAGCGCAAGGGGACCCUUGCCGUCAACUUCGUCGAUCUGUAUGUUUGCUUAUUCUGUGGCAGAGGAAAUAACGAGGACAAACUGCUGCUCUGUGAUGGAUGUGAUGACAGCUACCACACUUUCUGCUUGAUUCCUCCUUUACCUGACGUACCCAAGGGGGACUGGAGGUGUCCCAAGUGCGUUGCUGAGGAGUGCAACAAACCCCGGGAGGCCUUUGGAUUUGAACAAGCUGUCAGGGAAUACACUCUCCAGAGCUUUGGUGAAAUGGCUGAUAACUUCAAGUCUGACUAUUUCAACAUGCCAGUCCAUAUGGUUCCCACCGAGCUUGUGGAGAAGGAGUUCUGGCGCUUGGUGAGCAGCAUAGAGGAAGAUGUCAUCGUGGAGUACGGAGCCGACAUCUCCUCCAAGGACUUCGGAAGUGGCUUCCCAGUGAAGGAUGGCCGACGAAAGCUGAUGCCAGAGGAGGAGGAUUAUGCACUUUCUGGCUGGAACUUGAACAACAUGCCAAUUCUAGAGCAAUCAGUGCUUGCUCACAUCAAUGCAGAUAUCUCUGGCAUGAAGGUGCCUUGGCUGUACGUGGGGAUGUGCUUCUCCUCGUUUUGCUGGCACAUUGAAGAUCACUGGAGCUAUUCCAUCAACUACCUGCACUGGGGAGAGCCAAAGACGUGGUACGGCGUGCCGUCCCAUGCCGCGGAGCAGCUGGAAGACGUGAUGAAGGAGUUGGCUCCUGAGCUGUUUGAAUCCCAGCCUGAUCUCCUGCAUCAGCUGGUCACUAUUAUGAACCCCAACGUGCUGAUGGAACACGGUGUCCCAGUGUACAGGACCAAUCAGUGUGCCGGCGAGUUCGUUGUGACCUUCCCUCGUGCCUAUCACUCAGGAUUUAACCAGGGAUACAACUUUGCUGAAGCUGUGAACUUCUGCACUGCCGACUGGCUCCCCAUUGGACGUCAGUGUGUGAGUCACUACCGAAGGCUGGGCCGUCACUGUGUGUUCUCCCAUGAAGAGCUGAUCUUCAAGAUGGCUGCAGAUCCAGAGUGCCUGGAUGUUGGGCUGGCUGCCAUGGUCUGCAAGGAGAUGACUCUAAUGAUAGAGGAAGAAACACGGCUGAGGGAGUCUGUGGUACAGAUGGGAGUGUUGAUGUCUGAAGAAGAGGUGUUUGAGCUGGUCCCAGACGAUGAGCGGCAGUGCACAGCGUGCAGAACCACGUGCUUCUUGUCAGCUCUUACAUGCUCCUGUAAUCCUGAGCGUCUGGUAUGCUUGUACCAUCCAUCUGAUUUAUGUCCAUGUCCCAUGCAGAAGAAGUGUCUAAGGUACCGCUAUCCACUGGAAGAUCUUCCUUCUUUGCUGUAUGGAGUGAAAGUUAGAGCACAGUCUUACGACACUUGGGUCAGUAGGGUUACAGAGGCUCUGUCUGCCAACCUCAACCACAAGAAAGAUGUGAUUGAGCUGAGAGUGAUGUUGGAGGAUGCUGAAGACAGGAAGUAUCCGGAGAAUGAUCUGUUCCGCAGGCUCAGGGAUGCUGUGAAAGAAGCAGAGACCUGCGCUUCGGUAGCACAGCUGCUUCUGAGCAAGAAGCAGAAGCACAGACAGAGCCAAGAUAGCGGAAGGACACGCACCAAGCUGACAAUGGAGGAGCUUAAAGCCUUUGUGCAGCAGCUGUUCAGCUUGCCCUGCAUUAUCAGCCAGGCCCGACAAGUAAAGAAUCUGCUUGAUGACGUGGAAGAAUUUCAUGAGCGUGCUCAAGAAGCGAUGAUGGACGAGAUCCCAGACUCCUCCAAGCUGCAGGAGCUGAUAGACAUGGGCUCUGGCCUUUAUGUAGAGCUUCCUGAACUGCCAAGGCUGAAGCAGGAACUGCAGCAGGCAAGGUGGCUGGAUGAGGUGAGGUCUACCCUCUUGGAUCCCCAGAGGGUCACCCUGGAUGUGAUGAAGAAGCUGAUUGACUCUGGUGUGGGCUUGGCACCACACCACGCUGUAGAGAAAGCCAUGGCUGAGCUGCAGGAGCUGCUAACAGUCUCGGAGAGGUGGGAGGAGAAGGCCAAGGUCUGCCUGCAGGCCAGACCUCGCCAAAGUAUGAUGGCUCUGGAGGGCAUCGUCAGUGAAGCCAAGAACAUCCCUGCUUACCUGCCCAAUGUGCUGGCGCUGAAAGAAGCCCUGCAGCGGGCUAGAGACUGGACUGCCAAAGUGGAGGCCAUCCAGAAUGGGAACAACUAUGCCUACCUGGAGCAGCUGGAGAGCUUGUCUGCCAAGGGCCGGCCCAUCCCGGUGCGCCUGGACGCCCUGCCCCAGCUGGAGUCCCAGGUGGCUGCUGCACGUGCCUGGAGGGAGCGCACAGGAAGGACCUUCCUGAAGAAGAACUCCAGUUACAGUCUGCUGCAGGUCCUGAGCCCUCGGACUGACAUUGGUGUUUAUGGGAGCAGCAAGAACAGGCGGAAGAGGGUGAAGGAGUUGAUGGAGAAGGAAAAGGAGAAAGAUCUUGACCUGGAAUCCCUAAGUGAACUGGAGGAUGGGCUGGAGGAGGCCAGGGACACUGCAGCUGUGGUGGCUGUGUUCAAGGAGCGGGAACAGAAGGAGAUUGAAGCCAUGCACGCGCUCAGGGCAGCUAACCUGGCCAAGAUGACCAUGGUGGAUCGGAUCGAGGAGGUCAAGUUCUGUAUCUGCCGCAAAACGGCCAGCGGGUUCAUGCUGCAGUGCGAGCUGUGCAAGGACUGGUUCCACAGCGGCUGCGUGCCCCUGCCCAAGACCACUGCCCAGAAGAAAGGCUCCAGCUGGCAGGCCAAGGAGGUGAAGUUCCUGUGCCCGCUUUGCAUGCGGUCCCGGAGGCCGCGGCUGGAGACCAUCCUGUCCCUGCUGGUGUCCCUGCAGAAGCUGCCGGUGCGGCUGCCCGAGGGGGAGGCGCUGCAGUGCCUGACCGAGCGCGCCAUGAGCUGGCAGGACCGCGCGCGGCAGGCGCUGGCCACCGAGGAGCUCUCCUCGGCUCUGGCCAAGCUCUCCGUGCUCAGCCAGCGCAUGGUGGAGCAGGCGGCGCGCGAGAAGACGGAGAAGAUCAUCAGUGCAGAGCUGCAGAAAGCAGCAGCAAACCCAGACCUGCAGGGACACUUAACGAGUUUCCAGCAGUCAGCCUUUAACAGAGUGAUAGGCAGUGUGUCCUCAUCCCCUCAGCAGACCUUGGAUUAUGAUGAUGAAGAGACAGACUCUGACGAAGACAUCAGGGAGACCUAUGGCUACGACAUCAAGGACAAUGCCAGUGUGAAAUCUUCGAGCAGCUUGGAGCCCAAUCUGUUCUGUGAUGAGGAGAUCCCUAUUAAAUCAGAGGAAGUGGUGACACACAUGUGGACUGCUCCCUCAUUCUGUGCUGAACAUGCAUAUUCAUCUGCUUCUAAAAGCUGCUCUCAAGGCUCUGGCACGCCAAGGAAGCAGCCUCGCAAGAGUCCCCUGGUACCUCGCAGUUUGGAGCCCCCUGUGCUGGAGCUGUCACCUGGAGCCAAAGCUCAGCUAGAAGAUCUAAUGAUGGUAGGAGAUCUGCUAGAGGUGUCACUGGAUGAGACUCAGCAUAUCUGGAGGAUUUUACAGGCUACUCACCCACCCUCUGAGGACAGGUUCCUUCAUGUCAUGGAGGAUGACAGCAUGGAUGAGAAGCCACUCAAAAUGAGAGGGAGAGACUCUUCUGAGAGGAAGAAGAAACGAAAGCUGGAGAGAGCAGAGCAGUUCUUUGGAGACAUGAAGCAAAAAUCUAAGGAGCUGAAAAAACUGGAAAAACCCAAGAAGAAGAAGCUAAAACUCAGCAUAGAUAAGACAAAGGAGAUGAACAAGCUGGCAAAGAAACUGGCGAAGGAGGAGGAGCGGAAGAAGAAGCGGGAGAAGGCAGUCGUCACGAAGGUGGAGCUAGCGAAAGAGAGCACAGAGAAAAAAAGAGAGAAGAAGGUUCUAGAUAUUCCCUCCAAGUAUGACUGGUCAGGAGCAGAGGAGUCAGAUGAUGAGAACGCCGUCUGUGCUGCGCAGAACUGCCAGAGGCCCUGCAAGGAUAAGGUGGACUGGGUGCAGUGUGACGGUGGCUGUGAUGAGUGGUUCCAUCAGGUCUGUGUGGGGGUCUCUCCAGAAAUGGCAGAGAAUGAGGAUUACAUCUGUAUAAACUGUGCAAAGAAGCCCCUGCAGGGACAGAGCAGCCCUGCUCAUGCACCGCCCCCUCCUUUCUUACUGAGCUACAAACUACCCAUGGAAGAUCUGAAGGAGACAAGUUAGCAGCUGCUGGUGCCUGGAACUUGUUGGGAAAUGGACCACUGAAACCCUAUGGAAGGAGAGGGUUUGAAGCUAAUGUAGCCACUGAGCUUCACUUCCAAGGACAUACAGACCUGCAGCAGAGUUGGUCCCUUCCAAGCAGCUGGCUGCCUUCACCCGGUGGAGAUGCCAGGGCGCAGCGUUACCGACUCAUCUAUGCAGACACCACCUGGCCAGGAGCUCCAGCCGGCGUUUCCCACCCUUCCCUGAGUGUGGCUGCUGCUCCUGGGGACUGUUAGAUUAGACACUUGAGGGUGUUAGGAGUGCGUGCUGGCAGCGGGCUGGCCUGUGCUUGGUAAGCAGAGGCUGCAGCCUCUUGGCCUGCCAGCUCACCUGAGGAGGUGACUUGGGAAGUUCUCUUCUGCCUCCCCGAGCCAGCCCAGGGAGCAGGGCGGCGUCUUCGGAGAGCGAAGUUGCCUCCACGUCCAGGCAGCUAACACUAUGCUUACAAGGAUGGGAGCAAGUGGAUGAAUUCUCUUUCAUUUCUCUUUCUUAGCUAGAGGGCAGAGGAGCUCACGGUCUCCAACCAGCAGAGGCUCCGGUUACCAAAACACAAACCCCACUCGGCUCCACUCAGCAAAAUGCUUUCCUUAGUGGGGAACAGCUGGUCUCCUGUCCUCAGGUGGAGGGCCAGAACACGCUGGUAACAUCCAGCUAACCCAGAGCCGGGGAAGAGCAGAGUGCUUCCCUUUCCACAGGGCUGCUCUCUCCUCUUCUAGGCUUUGCUUAGGGUUCUGCACUCCCACAGGUAGAAUGGAGCCGGCGAGGAGGUACAGCGCCCAGGGCAGCAGAUUCUGUGAUCUGUACGUGGGGAUGGGAGGGAAAGAAGACAGCCUACUUACCUCAGAGGUUACACUGACAUGUGCUUCUGUGAAAAGCUUCACUCACAACUAUUCCCAAUACCACCAGGCAGACGGUCUGGAGCUGCUGUUGGCAGUGCGAGCGCCCUCCCCG